CUUUGGAACUAUAUUUAACUCGAAAUAUUUUAGUAGGGAAGGAAGGGGUGAAAAUAGAUCUCAAAGACGAAAAAAGGUUUGAUAGAAUUUCCUUCGCCUGUAGUUCGUAUACCCCCGCGAAGCAGCUUUUUGUAGAAUUCCUUUGCAGAAGCACUUGUCUAGUAGCACCAAAGUUCUUUCUCGCCUGUUUUCAAUCAUUCCCAGUGUUGUGCUGUUAGGUUAAGAGACAUGAACCCGCUAACACUAGUGAAGCGCAUUCAACAAAUCAAUUCUAGAGAAGCUGCACUUAACAUAAGCGAAGAUGCUUCGUGGCACACAAAAUACAAAGAUUCUGCUUAUGUUUUCGUCGGUGGUAUUCCCUUUGAUUUCACUGAGGGUGAUGUUAUCGCUGUUUUUGCUCAGUAUGGUGAGGUUGUUGAUAUUAAUCUUGUUAGAGACAAAGGUACUGGCAAAUCAAAGGGUUUUGCAUUCAUAGCGUAUGAAGAUCAAAGAAGCACUAAUCUUGCUGUCGAUAAUCUGAAUGGAGCUCAGGUUUCAGGUAGGAUUAUUAGGGUGGAUCAUGUUGAUAAAUAUAAGAAGAUGGAAGAGGAAGAUGAAGAGGAAGCGAAGCAGAAAAGGGAGGCCCGUGGUGUUUGUCGAGCUUUCCAAAGAGGGGAGUGUACUCGUGGAGCUGGCUGCAAAUUUUCUCAUGAUGAGCAAAGAGCUGCAAAUACUGGUUGGGGUGAUAACGGGAUUGCAAAAGGGGAUAAUGACAAAUAUGAUGGUCCCAAGAAAGAAAGAAGGUAUGGCAACAACCAACCAGAUCGCAUUCCAGAAACUAGAGAUAGAGAUUCACGUUCCAGAGCCCAUGGAAAUGGGAUGGAAUUAGACAACCCAUCCAAGAGAAGUGAUAGAAGAGAGGAAAAGAUGUUGCGAAGGCAAGAUGGCGAUGGUAAUUUUGUGGGAAGAGAAAAUACCAGUAGAAGAGAAGAAAAGAGACCAAGAGACUAUAAAGAUGAUGAAUUUGAACAGUGGCCAAGAGAAGAUCGGCAUAGGAGAGAAGAAAAAAGAUCAAGGAAUGGUUAUGAUGAUAGGGAACCUGAGCCAAGAGAUCAUAAAAGGGAAGACAGGAGGUCAAUAAAGCAAGAUGAUGUCAAGUUUGAACCUAAGUCAAGAGAUUCUGAUCUUAGAGAAGAUAAAAGACCAAGUAGGCGGGAUGUUGAUGAUUUUGGAAGCAAGUCAAGAGAAACACAGGGUAGCAGGGAAGAGAGGAGAUCAAGAAAACACACUGACGAUGAAUCUAUGCCGAGGUCAAGAGAAGAUCAUGAUAGGAAGCAAGACAACAGAUCAUAUCAUAAAGACGCUGAUCGAUCUGAAUCAAAAGGAAGAAAUGAUUCUGACCGAAGAGAAGAAAAGAGGUCCAGAAGGUAAUGGCAAUUGAGAUCUGGGUUUAUCAUGGACAAGAAUGGGUAUUGGAGUAAGUCCAAUGACAUUUGAUAACCGAAAACGUUGCUUGUUUGUUUAUACUACUGUAGUCAUUUUGUUAUAUGAUUUACUUGCACUGUUGUGAGAGCAGUAUUAGUUGUCCUUUUGGAGUGGUGAGUUUGAUCAAUAUUGUUUGGCUCCAUGGUGUCAACCACCAAUGCUGGUUCUUCAUGCAUUCAAUUAUAUGGAGCAUGGUUGUGUAAACUUUUUUCACCAAAAAAUGAAACGUUUAUAAACAAAAGUUAAGACCUAUUAAUAUUGAUAAUCA